GUUGUUGUACCUGUCUUAAGAUAGUUGAUGAAUCCCUCGUUUUCUGUCCCAUUACGAAGUGUUGUUUGUUUUCUCGUGCUUUUAUUUUGUCACACCCGGAAGCGGAAUGUUGUAUCUUAGCUAGCUUGUUGCUCGGCUGUCGGUGUUCGCUGUCAGUCAGAGAGGAACCCAGCGAUGCUGGUCGUCUGACCGCCGGGCGAAAGGAUCAUACUGUGUUUAAAAUAAAGACCGGACCCCUCUGGGAUGAGGUCUGGUGUCUACAGCAACAGAGGCGAGCGAUAACGAGAGCCAUGGUGACCAAGAAAAUCCGGACGGAGUACAUGAAGAAGUUCAGGGACCCCAAAUGGGAGACGUUUUCCAAAUGCUACGAGGACUCCCUGAAGUAUCGUCUGACCCGGCGGGUGAUGGAGCAUUCCCACAAGCCCUGGUUCUGGGAGGGCUGGGACAGCGGCUCCGAAUCCAGCGGCUGGUCCACACCGAGGCUGAGCCGGAACAAAAUCGCCCCCUUGUCCCUCCCACCGCCUGCGUCCUCGGAGGGGAAGCAGAGGUUGUCCAGUCCCGGACCGAAACCACCUCCUGAAGAUGGAGAGGCUGAUGUGGGAGCUGGUGAGGUGGCAGCUGGAGACGCUGCACCGCCUGCAGCUGUAGAAAACGAAGUGAGUGAGGCCGGCGGUGGUUCGGUGAUGGCGGCUCCAAACAGCAGCGGACCCUCAGACGACACGGAGACGGAAAACGGUCCUGCUGACACUCCGUCUUCUGACGGGGAGUCGGUGCGCCCGGCACAGAGGCGACGUCACCGCCGCCGCAUCCCUCGGUCUGAACCGGGACACCGGGACAGUUCCCACGACGACAAACCGCUCGUCGCCCGCAAACCGCCGAGAGCAAAGAGCCAACCGGCAAUCAGCACCAAGGAGACCCGACGGUCAUCCAGCCGACUGGACUGGACCGAGAGGCAGGCGGAGGUCCGGAGGACGCCGAAUGAGACCAGCACGUCGGACGCCUGCGUUCAGACCCGCCGGCAGUCCGACAAACGCAGCUCCAACCUGGAUCGUCGGCGGGCGCGCUCGGCCGACCUGGAGAAGCUGAGGCGGUCUCAGCUGAUGGUGGUGGACGACCGCUGGAUGACGGAGUACAUGCGCUGCUUCUCCGCCCGGCUGAGAAUACAAAAACCUCACAGUUUUCCUCAGUGGAGGCGAGCGGCUUCAUCUGCAAUAAAACUGGACUCAGCAGGAGCAUAAAACCAGAAACCUGAUGUGUUCAGUGGGCCUGGAGGAUCUGAAUGCUGUCGUGAUGUGGAUCACGAAGGUCAGGUGGUUUAGUAAAGCUUUGGAUUACAAGUUUAACAGUUUGGUUUGCAGUUAAAAUUAAAAAAAUAUCCAAAUGUUUGUAUAAAAAUGACCACAAAGAACCACAAAGUCCUCCUGAUCGCCUGGAAUCAAACUUUAUUUUCAGUUUGGUGUUUCUGUCUGAUCUGAAGUGUUUGGUUUCACCAGUUUUUUCUGAUGGUUUGAUGUAAAUAAGAUCGUAAACUCGUGAUGUCGUCGAUCGUCGUGACCCAAACUGAGGGCUAAAGUCCACUCGUGUCCUGGACGUGUGCACUGAACGCAUACAAACACUCAGAAUGUUUUUAUUGACUUUAACAGCAGCUGAACGUCGUCACGCUUUUCCUUCGGUCCAGUCCAGCUUCCGUUAGGAGUUUCUUACUUUUUAAGAACAGAAAUCAAGAUUCAUUACUGGAAAUUUGACAUUUUGGAGGACAGUUCUGAAUUUAAAUAAAUGAAAAUUUAACCUUGAACAAGAAUCAGGGAGUCAAACCUUCAGAUGUUCAGGGCUUCUUCAGUCUGCUGGGUUUCAAAGUUCUCUUUGGGUUCUGGACGCAGCUGUGGACCAGAAGCUUCUGAGGUGAGCAGCAGUAACUCAGUCACAGACUGACAGUCGGACUGCAGAAAGAUCGUCUGGCUCUCUGCUUGUGUCAUGAGCGACUUCCUGAAAACGUGUCUCAGGUAGGAAGCGGACGCCACACAGGUGAGGCGUGUGUGUGUUGCGGUGGCAUCGUCUUCGAGCGUCUGCUGUCUCGGUGUGGUCGUUCGCAGGAUACGAAACCUUCCGUACGUUUGAAUAUUUAAUCUGACUUCAUCUGCAGCCUGGUUUACGUUUUGGCUCACUGUAUUUCUAUUUUAACUUCUACUUUCACCCACUUUGCUGUGAAUAAAUCAUAUUUGAAUAGUU